CCUUGCGUAUCGCUUGCAUACGCGUCCAACUCAUACUGUACACUACAGUGUACAACAAUCGUUCAAUGCUCAUUCCGCAUUUAACCAAGGAGCGUGUAGGUCGCGUGUAUCUCGCUAUAAAUAUAAACACGUGUCUCAGUGAAUUGUUCGUAUUAUAACCUAAAAUUCGUAAAGUGAUUUACGUAGAAUCUAGAAUUGAUUCAGAAGAAAUAGAUUAACUGGAUCAACUUUAACUUUUAAAAUGGAUUCUAACGGUGUGCCGCCCGCUCAGGAAAUGGAGACGUUUUUGCCUCAGAACGAAAAAGGCAAAGAGGUCGAAGAAAAAAAAUACACCCUGACAAAAGAUGCAGAAUCAGGCGAAUAUGAUCCAUUUGAUGAAAGGCAAUUAGAAAAUCCUACUUCUCCCACGGAUACACUCGCCCAUCUGCUCAAAGCUUCACUUGGCACCGGUAUCUUGGCUAUGCCCAAGGCGUUUUCGGCUUCUGGAUUAAUAGCAGGAAUAUUCUUCACGAUUCUAGUAGCGGUUGUAUGCACUCACUGCGCGUACGUACUAAUUAAAUGCGCUCACGUUCUCUACAAAAAGACGAAGAAGCCAGCAAUGAGUUUCCCAGAAGUAGCAGAGGCAUCUCUACUGAAUGGUCCAGAAUGGGGAAAGAGAUGGGCGUAUUCAUUUAGAAUAUUUAUUUUAACCAGUCUUUUCCUGACGUAUUUUGGGACCUGCUCCGUGUAUAGCGUUAUCAUAGCGAAAAAUAUACUUCAGGUUGUGCAGCUAUACAUAAAAGGAACGGAGGACUUGUCAAUACGAAUAAUCAUAUUAUUACUGCUGAUCCCUCUAAUAUUCAUGGUCUGGAUUAAAAACUUAAAGUACCUAGCUCCAGUAUCGAUGAUCGCUAAUUUGUUCAUGGGACUUGGACUCGGAAUCACUGUUUACUUCUUAGUGGGCACUGGUGAAUUGAAUAUUGGCAAGGUGGCCCUUAUAAAAUCACCCGUAAAGUGGCCCGAAUUCUUCUCUCUGACGAUUUUUGCUAUGGAAGCUAUUGGUGUGGUGAUGCCGUUAGAGAACUCAAUGAAGACUCCAAAAGCCUUAUUAGGCUACUGCGGUGUCUUGAACAAAGGAAUGUCUGGAGUCACCGUUGUGUACAUCCUUCUUGGAUUUCUGGGAUACUUACGCUAUGGAGAAGAUGUAAUGGACACGAUCUCUUCUAACCUGGGACAGAACCCUGGUGACCCCAAAGUGUAUGAAAUCCUUGCCCAAGUGGUCAAAGUGAGCAUUGCAAUUGCUGUCUACUGUACUUUCGGCCUCCAAUUCUUCGUGUGCAUUGAAAUCAUGUGGAACGCGAUCAAGGAUAAGUUUACCAAGCGGCCUGAUUUCGCGGACUAUGUUAUGAGAACCAUCAUGGUCACACUCUGUGUGAGCCUUGCGGUUGCUGUACCAUCUAUUGGCCCACUUAUGAGUGUAAUUGGAGCUCUCUGUUUCUCACUUCUCGGCUUAAUAGCCCCGGCCUUUAUUGAGGUCGUCACAUACUGGGAUAUCGGAUACGGCCCGUACAAAUAUCUAAUUUGGAAAAACGUUUUUGUACUCAUAUUUGGUCUGUUUGCUCUAAUAUUCGGUACUAAACUUGCAAUCAUAGGAAUUAUCAACGAUAGUGCGUGAAUAGUUUAAGUUGUGCACUUUAUUAGGAUAAUUGUAUUGUGUGAUAGUGAGUAAUAUUUUAACUAACAUAGUAUCGAGGUACGCUACCAUCAGUGGUGCUAUAGAAAUGCUAAAGGACUUUUCUAGCAUCGAUUCUAAGCUUCAAGUUGCCUAAAGUUUUUACUAGGCACUAUGGUAUAGUUUAAGUUAGGAUAUUGUGCAUGAGGCGUGAGAUGUUAAAGUAUGUGAAAAUUUAAAAGCAUUCCGGAGUAUAAAACAGUGAGAUUUGCUGUGCUUGCAAGAACGCAUAUUCGUUUGUUAACGGAUUUGAUAUCCAGAUGAAUGUUUCGUUACCCGAUUAGCUCAAAUAAUUUAUACAAACAAAUUGUGAGAAAAUCUAGUUAAUUACCAUCAAAUAUGCAUUACAAGGUCGAAAGUCGAAAUUAUAUUUUAAAUUGUUUUUAUUAUUUGUUAUCGUGUUGCAAGAAAUUGUUUUGAAUUCCGUCAAGUAUACAGAAUAAUUAUUAUAUUUACCUCCUUAUUAAUUGCAUGGUCUAUUGAGUAGAAGAAUUUAAAUGCAAGAUAUUUUUGUUUUAAAGUUAUACAGGAUUAUAUUUUCUUCGACAGCGUAUUUUGGCCAUCACUAGAAAUGUAUUAUUCACGUAUACAUAAUGAAUUUGUAUUUAAUUUCCUUAUACAACUGAAACAAAGAUAGAUAAUGUUGCAGUACAAAUUUGUUAAAAAAUAUUUUUAUUAUGAUCAAAAUAUGUUGUUUAAAUGAAAAUGUUGGAUAUUAUAAUAUAAUUUCAAUGCAUUUAUAUGGUACAUGUACAAAUUAAUUAUGCUCAGUUCAUGAGGUAAAUACUUUCUUUUUAUUAUUUUGUAUUUAUAUUAUUGUGAUAAUUGGUGGAAUCUUAACACAGAUUAGAUCUUAGUGCUCCAAGCUUAUCUGAUCUGGUGAGGCUCUUGCGGUAUUGUCAGUUGGAUAUGUUUUUGGCACUAAGGUAUUGGCUAAUUAUGCGAAUUCCUAAUAGAUUUAAACUCAUCCAUGACAUCGUGAUUAUUGGGACCGAUAAUGUGUGCCUUGAAUUUUGGGGUAUUUUAUGUAGUACUAGAGUCUAAGGAGAUUAGGUAUUUAUCCUCAAUAUUUAAAGUUCCUAAAACUUGUAGAAAAAUUAAUGUUUCAUCAGGUUUAUUUUAAGAUUCCAUCAAUUAAUUUUGAAUGAUUCAUUUUUAAUCAAUUUUAUGUAGCAGAUUGUAUUUUGCUAAUAGAAUGCUUUCAUUUAAA